UUUGUUUCCAAGGGUGGGAGAGGUCUGAAGUGUGAUUUGGUCAUUAACAUAUCUUUUGUUUCCAAGGGUGGGAGAGGUCUGAAGUGUGAAUUGGUCAUUAACAUAUCUUUUGUUUCCAAGGGUGGGAGAGGUCUGAAGUGUGAAUUGGUCAUUAACAUAUCUUUUGUUUCCAAGGGUGGGAGAGGUCUGAAGUGUGAAUUGGUCAUUAACAUAUCUUUUGUUUCCAAGGGUGGGAGAGGUCUGAAGUGUGAAUUGGUCAUUAACAUAUCUUUUGUUUCCAAGGGUGGGAGAGGUCUGAGGUGUGAA